AGUUACAGCACAUCCAAUGUCACGUUUGCUGCCUGAAAACCGUUCAAAUAUCUGGCUGAGAAUUUGCUGAUAAACAUGUACAAUAUGUAUAAAUUAAAUUGUGUAUUAGUUCGUUCUUUUAAUAACGUAUGCCGCCAGUUGGCCGCCCCACUGAAUGCAAGAGGAAGCUCUGUCGGCCUGCAGCGAACACUAUGCAGCAGUGCUGUCAGACUUCAACAGAGUUCAGCAUCCUCCUCUGACCCCGAGCAAACAUCCACAGAAUUCAGCCAUUUUCCUCCUCUGCCUGGUCAAGACAGUGCUCUGAGAUGGGGUGGAAAAAAGUUUGAGGAUUUACCAAUCAUCCACAUUAAAGCCACAUACAACAACACACACAUCCAGCUGACAGACAGUGCGGGACAGUCGAUGGUCAGGACAUCUUGUGGAACAGAAGGUUUCAAGAACAUCAAGAAGUCAACGCCCAUCGCUGCUCAGGUUGCAGGCAUCUCUGCUGCCGCAAAAGCCUCAGCCAAGGGAGUGGCAUUUGUUCGUGUUGUGAUCAAAGGUAUUGGUCCUGGACGUCAGGCAGCAAUCAAAGGCUUGACCAUGGGAGGCCUGGAUGUGGUAUCCAUCACAGACGAAACCCCCGUGCCACACAACGGAUGCCGCCCGCGCAAAGCCAGAAGAACGUGAUUCUUGAACCAUAAUGCACUGCAACCAAAGCCAUCGUGUCCCAGUCUGCUAAUAAAGUUUUUUUGACAACAUUGA